GGAAGUUGCCUGUGUAGAAACCCAGAAACAACGGCAGGUCAGUCCUGGCUCAGGUGGGUUAAUGACCAGUCUCGGCAAACAAACUUUGACGUAUACCUACACCUAUGAAUAGCCCAGACCGCGGUCUGUAGUCACCUCGGUGAAUGUGUUCGCAUCUUUGUGGUCCGUCCGACUAAUACCAAAUCGCCAAUUCUCAUGGUGUGUGUCAUGGAAAGUGACAGGACCAAACGACAGUGAGCUCCACCUGCACUCUGACCCUCCCGUCUGACUGAACAAGUCAAAGUGUCAUGCCAGUCCUAGCUAUGGCAGAACCUGUGGUUGAUCACCAGAAACGAUUUCAGGCUGCUGUGGAUGUCAUCCACAACCUCCCCAAAAAUGGCUCUUACCGGCCCUCCUAUGAGGUGAUGCUGCGUUUCUACAGUCUUUACAAGCAGGCAGUGUUUGGACCCUGUACAGCAGCUCGACCUGGCUUCUGGGACCCUGUGGGUCGCUACAAAUGGGAUGCAUGGAGUCGCCUAGGAGAGAUGAGCAAGGAGAACGCCAUGGCAGCAUACGUGGACGAGAUGAAGAAAGUAGCACAGGAGGUCAUUGACACCAUGCCCAUGAAUGAGAAGACGGCCUCACUCUUCCACCACUUUGAGCCUCUCUACCUGGUCAUUGAUGACAUGCCACGGCCUCCAGAGUCACUGAUCACGCUCAGAGAGGGUAUUAAAGACAGCAAGCAUGCUGACAGACUAGCAGAGAUGGAGGAUGAGGAUAAACGGCGGGGGGAGCCUGAGGAAGGCAUCCUGCUUCCACAAGGUCCAGGUCUAGAUCAGGAUUUCAACCUUUCUGAAGUUAUCGACCUCACUGCCAACAGCAUCCCUAAUGACUCUGGCGUGUCUGAGGGUUUGGUCUUGACCAGUGACUCGGAGAGUGAAAUCUUCUGUGACUCGGUGGAUUCAGUAGAGCAGCUGAGCAACAUCAAGAUCCCAGUUUUCAAGUCCAACGGCUUUCACAACGACCAUGUGUCCCUGGAGUCCUCUCCAGUUCAGAGUCAUCAGCUGGAAGGCCGUCUGGAGGGAAGAAAGGUGGGAGCAGGCCAAGGUGGAGAAGGGGCAGAGGACGGGAAAGGUCAGGGUCCCAUCAGGAGGAGCCGGGACACCGGGCGAGAAGGUUCCUACCACAACUGGAGAGAACGUGGUGUUCCACAAGGAAGUCCGAGGCGGGGGGCCCCAGGUGGUGGUGGUGAGUCUGGACGAGGAGGAGGGGACGGGUCAGAGGGGGGAGCUGAGAGGCUGCAUGAUGCCCACCUGCAGCAGCAGAUCAUCCUGGCUCUACGGAGGCUCAGAGAGGACAUGAGGAGUGUGAUGGACAGGCUGGAGGUGGUGGAGAGGCUCGCUGCCACACAUGCUCAGGGUUCAGAGUGGAGACCAUGCCUGCAGUGUGCAGAUUCACAACAACAGGAAGAGAAGUGGUGGCCGUUCGACUUGUCGGGUCAGACCGUCCUCUUGUUCCUGCUGUGGCCGUUUGUUGCUCAGGGCGUGGUCUACCUGCUGAGGAAAGCCCACAAGAGAAGUCGCAUGUCUUCCUGAAGCCAUCUGAUGGCAGCCACCGACCCACACUGAUCAAAUGGAACACGUUUACUGGCCCCCACAGGAUUGUAAUGUUAAGACUUCAUCCUCCCUCUGUGUUCAGUUGAAGGAGGGAGCGAAGUCAUGUUCACCUCAGGAUCCAGAAAUCCUCUCAGUCACUACAGCAGAUGAAUAUUUAUUUAACAGGUGAAGGUACAGUAAUUCAGUUUCUUGUGCUGGGCUGCAGGAAUGUGUUAUUGGGAAUGAUUUGUCUUCAUUAAACUAACUGAUUACUUAAACUUACCAUGAAAAGCCUGAAUUAAAAACAAGGAUCAUGUUAUCAUUAUUAUAUGAUCCAAGUUAUCCAAGGGACACUGCACAUUCACAAUAUUUCUGUUCUACUUGGUUGUUUCUACUAUAAUUGCAUUAUAUUUGUCAGUGUCAUAAACAGCACAAUGCAGCAGAAGAAUCAUAGUGCACAGGGAAGAAGUCAAGGUACCUGAUAAUGUCAUUGUCUGUGAAUGACACAGUUAGAUCUGAGUGGACAGUGAUGGACACAUCAGCCCUCAUUAUUUCAUCGUGCUCUUCUCAUGCAGAUCUUUCCAUUUUCUCCUCUUUAACUUCUAAUCAAGUCUUACAUUAGAACGGUGUCUUUUCAGUGCUCUGGUGCUCCAUUUCUUAGACUGUCCUCGAGCCAACUACUGCUGUAUCUGAUGGUAGCGCUCACGUUCACCAGCUGUGACUGGAUGAAGGAGGCUGAAAUGUGUUGUCACUGAAUUAUGGGAGUAGUAUUUCCACCCUCUAACAUCAACAAUGUAUAGUGCAGCAUGAGUUCGCAUUAAAAAUCUCUUUUGAAUUGAAAGUUGUGUGGUUGUUCAGUCCUCAACAUGAUUGGAGUUUCUUAUGGUCUUUUAAUACCCAUUCGACUGACUUACAUUUCCAGCCAAAACUGAAGGGCAGAAAGUAUAGUCAGAAACAUGCACAUGCUGUUCCAGGUCCAUGGUGGUACAUGUUUUUAUUUUUUCAAUUCACACUAAUUAAUUCGCAUUAAUUAAUAGUCAAGCUAAAAUUUCUGAAAUUGUUUCAUACAAAACGAGUUUUCAUGUGAGGCAUCAGGUGGAAAUGUAUUUGCUAUCUCUAUUAGUUGCAAUUUUACCUUUAAUUUCUGAUUUUCAAUUUUAUAAAGGUGUAUUUGAGAAUACAUGUGUUUCUAUUUA